AAAUCCAAAAUGGGGCAAAAAGAAAACAGCCUCUAAAUUCAUAGAGAACAACACGGAGCCAUGCAAAGUUGCCGUUUCCACCCUCUCUGGUCAUUUCAGGUAAAACGUUUCUGUGUCUUGUCACUCCUUAGGCUUCUUCUCUAAGCGACUCUUAGUCUUAGUCUCAAAUAGCGUUCCCUCCUUAAAACAACACCUUCGCUGUUCGGUCGGGCAUGUUCGGUUUGCAGCAAUGGGUCGAGGGAAGAUUGAGAUCAAAAGAAUCGACAAUGCCAGCAGCAGACAAGUCACGUUCUCCAAGAGAAGAACCGGCCUGUUCAAGAAAGCUCAAGAACUUUCCAUUUUAUGUGACGCCGAGGUUGCUGUCAUUGUUUUCUCCAACACCGGCAAGCUCUUCGAGUUUUCCAAUUCCGGAAUGAAGCGAACACUUUCAAGAUACAACAAAUCCCUUGGUUCUGCAGACGCUGCCGUAGCAGAAAGUAAGACACAGAAGGAAGAUUCUAAGAUGGUGGAGAUUCUAAGAGAGGAAAUUACAAAGCUAGAAACAAAGCAAUUAAAUAUCACUUACCUUUGUGACUACAGACAGUUGUUGGGAAAGGAUCUGACAGGAUUGGGUGUAAAGGAAUUGCAAAAUUUAGAGCAGCAACUUAACGAAGGGUUAUUGUCUGUCAAGGCAAGAAAGGAGGAAUUACUCAUGGAGCAACUGGAGCAAUCUAGAGUUCAGGAACAGCGGGUUAUGUUAGAGAAUGAAACUUUGCGCAGACAGAUUGAGGAGCUUCGUUGUCUGUUUCCACAAUCAGAACAUGUGGUCCCAUCUUUUCUACAAUACCAACGUACUGAAAGAAAGAAUAGUUUAGUAAAUACCGGUACUAGAUGUCUCAACUUGGCCGAUAACUGUGGAAAUGAGAAAGGAAGUUCAGACUCAGCAUUCCAUUUGGGGUUGUCUGCUGGUGUUCAAGAGGAAGGCCCCCAAGAAAGAAACCUUUUCAAGUGACUCAUCCUCUAAUGGCACAAGGUUCUCUGAUCUUCUUAUUUCAACGGGGAAAAUAGAAUUUCAGACUAAUUUAUUGCAGUUGUACUUAUGUACAAUAUAGAUUAGGGAGUAAAGGUAUGACCAAAAGUGACCCUCAAAGUCAUAAAUUGGAAUUUGGCUCUUUUAGAAUAUUGGCAAGAUGCAGAUUGACCAUUUUUACCAAAUUCUGGCUUAAUUACCUGUGAAAGGUAUAAACAAGACCAUGUUUAGGUUUAUUUUACUGCUCUAAAUUAAUCUUUCUUUAUAUUUUCUUGCUGUUAAAUCAUGUGCAAUCACCAACUUGGUUGUAGUUUGCCAAUUUAAUCAUUCGUGCCAUGUGAACGAGAAGAAAAUCAUAUUUGAAGUAAA